AUGGCGAAUCAUCCCUCGUACGACUUUGAAGACAGAAGUCAAAGGAUUCGCCAUCGAGUCGGCACUGCGUCAAGACCUGCAGAUUCCACUGUGGCUUGUACAAGCAAAAUCUUAAGUACUCAAUAUUACGUGGGACACAAUAGCGAUAUCACUGAAGAAGAAUUAGCAGAAUUACCUUCAUGUGUUUAUGCAGGCAGAUCCACGCAACAUAUCACGCACACAUCGCCACAUACACAUUCUCCUUUGCACUAUCAUGUGCCAGUUUCAACGCCAGAUCAUGACACAGAGAUGAACGGCGUAGAAGAAGGUUAUUAUCCAAAUGGCAGUCCUUAUAGAAUUCAAAGACACGCGGCUAAUAUUCGUGAAAGAAAACGUAUGCUGAGCAGCAUCAACUCGGCUUUCGACGAGCUUCGGGUCCAUGUGCCAACCUUUCCUUACGAAAAGCGACUGUCAAAGAUUGAUACCUUGCGCCUGGCCAUAGCAUAUAUUGCUCUCUUGCGCGAGGUUCUAGCAGCCAGGCUUGAUCCCUUGACAUACGUCGAGAGGUGUCUUAGAGGUGAAAUAAAUGGCGAACGAGCUGAAUGGAACACGAGUGAUCUGACGGCACGCUUAUCCUGGAUAAAUUGGGAAAAUUUGGGAGUGAAUCCAAAUCGUCGAUCGGUACUUACUACUCUGGCACUGACAACCGACAAUAUGAAUUAA